UGUCGUAAAAAUACCAACGCGCGGCUGCUACGCUUUACGAUAAAGUGUAGUUUAAACCAAUCGGCAUGGCUUCCUCGUUGAUUUGCAGCGAAACACAGAGCAGAGUGAGCUCGGUGUUAAACAGAGAUGUUAAGCAGUAUGGAAAGAAGUACAUGUUUGAUUGUAAUGAGGAGACGUGCUGGAACUCAGACCAGGGUGAAUGUCAGUGGGUGUCCCUGGAGUUCCCCAAAUCUGUCAAAGUGUCAGAGUUGAAGGUCCAAUUCCAGGGAGGUUUCUCAGCAAAAACAUGCAGACUAGAAGGUUGCCCAAAAGAUGGAGACUCUGCAGUUCUCAGUCAGUUUUAUCCAGAGGACAACAAUUCUCUGCAGAGCUUUCCCAUACAGGAGGCCCCUGCAGUGGACAAAGUAAAAAUAAUGUUUGAGAAUAGUGCCGACUUUUUUGGGAGAAUUAUUGUUUAUUCCCUGGAUGUCCUGGGGGAAAGAGCCUCAUGAACAUUUUUUUUUUAAAAUCCCCUCAUGAGACAGGAAAUGACCCCUGGGUAAAGUGCAGGAUGCAGGGUGGUGCGGUGGCACUCAGGAAACAUGUCAUCUAUAAUGCCACCUCAUGAACUGACGCGAAUGUGGCCUUUUUUGGUAUGAACGCAUUCAGGGAUCUGUCAGGCGAUCUCACUCUUCAUUACUCAAACACACACACAAAGUUUUGGCUGCAGAUUUAAUCGGUAAGAGCACUUGUAAUCUGCUCGCUACACCUAUAUUGUGCCUUUGAGUUAAAGCGCCAUUCCAGUAUAAAAAUAAAUUUUUAUUAAAACAUG